AUGCUUGGUAGAAAGGGCGUACGUCAUUUAAUUUCCAUCAGUGAUCUUACAAACAAAGAGUUUGAAGUCUUAGUCAACAAAGCUCAAACUUUCAAACAAAUUUAUAAGAAUGGAUCACCACAAGAGUUUGCCUCUAAUCAUCAAAAACUCUUAGGGAAAACAGUUGCUUUGGUAUUUUCCAAGAGAUCCACUAGAACCAGAAUUUCAUCGGAAGGUGCUGCUGCCUUUUACGGUGCUACCCCUAUGUUUUUAGGUAAGGAUGACAUUCAGUUAGGCGUCAAUGAAUCCUUUUAUGAUACUACAAAGGUUUUGUCAUCAAUGGUCUCUACUGUCUUUGCAAGAGUCAACUCACACUCAGAAAUUCAACAAUUGGCUGAACAUUCAUCGGUUCCAAUCUUAAAUUCAUUAUGUGAUACUUAUCAUCCUCUACAAGCGAUUGCUGAUCUCUUGACAAUUAAGGAGGCAUUCCAAGAUACAAAAGGGUUAAAAUUGGCGUGGAUUGGUGAUGCUAAUAAUGUCAUAAAUGAUUUAGCUAUUGCUUCAUUGAAAUUAGGUAUCAAUGUUUCUGUUGCUACUCCAAUUGGGAUUGAAAUGGAUAAAAAGAUUUUACAAACAGCUGAAGAAGUUAGUAAAGAAACCGGUGCUAGUUUUGAACACACACACGAUCCAAAAGCCACUGCAACCAAUGCAAACAUAUUAGUAACUGAUACUUUUGUCUCCAUGGGUGAAGAAUCAGAGACUGCUAAAAAAUUGAAACAGUUUGAAGGGUUCCAAAUUUCUGAAGAACACACAAAAUUGGCUAAUAAAGAUUGGAAGUUCAUGCACUGUCUACCUCGUCACAAGGAAGAAGUCACUGAUGAAGUUUUUUAUAACAAGAAUUCAUUAGUUUUUGAAGAAGCUGAAAAUAGAUUAUAUGCGGCUAUUGCAGCUUUAGAAGUAUUUGUUGUGAAUAAAGGUGAUUUCUCAAAAUAG